GGGCUGUGUGCAGGGCCAGCAGGGAGCCGGAGCCGCCGCGGUGAAGCUUCUAGGCUCCGCCGAGGUCGCCGCGCCCGCUCCUCGCCUCUGCCGCCGCAGUUUCAAGCCGUUGCCGCCACCGCCGCCUCUGCCGCCGGAGGAGCGGCCGCCUAUUGUCUUUCUCCGCGGCGAAGGUGCGGAGCUGCUCCGGCUCGGCCCGCGGGGGAGCCCCGGGCGCCUCACGUGUCCUGGGUCAUGAAACUUAAUCCACAACAAGCUCCAUUAUAUGGCGACUGUGUUGUUACUGUACUGCUCGCUGAAGAGGACAAAGUUGAGGAUGAUGUAGUUUUUUACUUGGUAUUUUCGGGUUCCACCCUCCAUCACUGUACAAGUACUCGGAAGAUCAGUUCUGAUACGCUGGAGACCAUUGCUCCUGGUCAUGACUGCUGCGAGACGGUGAAGGUGCUGCUCUGUGCUUCCAGAGAGGGCCUGCCUGUGUUUGUGGUGGCGGAAGAAGACUUCAAGUUCAUCCAGGAUGAGGCCUACGAUGCAGCCCAGUUCCUGGCAACCAGUGCUGGAAAUCAGCAGGCUCUGAACUUCACCCGUUUCCUGGAUCGGUCAGGACCCCCGUCCAGGGACGUGAAUUCCCUUGAUGAGAAGGUUGCCCUGGCGUUCAGGCACCUGAAGCUGCCAGCGGAGUGGAAUGUGUUGGGAACAGAUGCAACUUCGCAUGAUGGUGGCCCCCGAGAGACAUUGAUGCAUUUUGCUGCACGGCUGGGGCUGCUGAGGUUGACGUGGUUCCUGUUGCAGAAGCCAGGUGGCCGCGGAGCUCUCAGCAUCCACAACCAAGAAGGAGCGACCCCUGUGAGCUUGGCCUUGGAGCGGGGUUAUCACAAGCUGCACAGGCUUCUAACUGAGGAGGAUGCUGGAGAACCAGACUCCUGGAGCAGUUUAUCCUAUGAAGUCCCUUACGGAGACUGUUCUGUGAGGCAUCACCGAGAGCUGGACGUCUAUACGUUAACCUCUGAGUCUGAACCACACCAGGAACCCCCACUUCCUGGAGACAGUUGCACUGGACAUAUUUUUAAGCUUAUGAGCAUCCAACAGCAGCUAAUGAAAACAAACCUCAAACAGAUGGACAGUCGUAUGCCCUCAGUGGUGACAGCACAAGAACCUUCAAGUCUGCCCAGUGACCAAGAUACAGAUGGUCAGUUUCUUCCCUGUGCAUCAGCGCCCACAGCCAGCCAGCAGCUUGCUUCUCCUGAAGGUGCUGAGAGCUCUCAGUGCUGCCAUGGGAGCACUGUGGGGCAGAUUGAAAGUUCCUAUGAUUUGUCAAGUGUGGUUAAGGAAGAGAAUACAGACUCUUCCCAUAGGAAGAAAAAUACAGGCGUGGAGAGAAAAGGAGACGAGGAGGAGCCAGCACCUAUCGUGGACUCCGGGACUGCGUCUGAUCCCGACAGCUGCCGUCAGAGCACACCUGAUUGCAAAGGAAAGGACACAGAAGGCCUUCCAUCCUGUGGAGUGAGAAGUGAAGAAACUGGAACAAAAUCUUCGGCAAUGGCCACAGGCCAGGAGUCUCCAGGCAGUGGAGGCCGUGUCCUGCAGGGAGGCGUAGCCCUGGAGCCCGGCACGGCCCAGUCUUUCUCUGGAGGUGAACUGGUGGUCCCUUCACCAGCAGGUGCCAGCGUCCCAGACACCGCAGGGGAAACGGAACACAGUCUCGUGAACCCAGAGGCCACCAUCCAGAGGAAUGUGCUUGCAGCGGGGGAGAGUAUGAAGGAAAGAUUUGAGGACUCUAAUAUCAGCACAGCUGGAGCCUCUGACGUAAAAGUCACCGACGAGCCUGUGGACAAAGCCAGCGUUCCCAACGGUGUCUCUGCCGCUGGCUCCCUGGUUGCUGACAAGCCUGCUGAGUCUUUACUUGUCGUUAGUGAUGAAGAAACUGCCAUUGAUGAAAACACUGCAGAAACGGAAACUUCUGGAAGUUGUGAAGAGAGUGCUGAUGCUCCAGGAGCUCAGAACUCUCAGUUAAUUCUAGCUGCUGCAAAAGAUGAGAUUUCAGAAGGGCUCGAACUUGACACUCCCCGGGCCAGCAUGUGUGUGGCGGUGUCACCCCCUGAUUUAACCUUUCCCAGGCCGCAAAAAGAUGUUAUGCCAAACCAGAAAUCAGAAACGGAUUCAUCUCGUGUUCAAAGCCAAAACAGCAAAUCACCCAUCUGUUCUACAACUGGAGAUGAUAAACUUUGUGUUGCCUCUGCAUGUCGACAGAACACGGGGACUUCUAGUGGUGUGUUGGCUGUAGAACACUGUGAUGACAUAGUUACCCAGCCUGAAGGCACCACCACAGGGCUGCUCAACACACAACCGCUGCCCACUGCCAGCUGCUCGGAAGGCCCACAGGCUAACACGGUCACCCCUGACCCUGUUAGAGACACCCAGGAACAUGUGGAUUUUUGUCCUCUCCAAGUUUUGGAUAAAGAAAGCCAAGGAAAAGAUUCGAAACUAGAAACAUCUUUAGCAGAUAUGCUUGAGGUAGUUCCACAUCCACAUGCUCUUGUCCCCAAAGCUGAGAAAGAAUGGGUGUCAGACCAGGCAGUGACAUCAGGCAGGACUUCCUCUCUGACAGGCAGUCCCGGCAGUGAAUCAGUAACCAAAGAUGACGCACUUUCUCUUGUCCCCUCCUCCCAGAAUGAAAAAGGAACAGCAACUCUUGAACCACAUACAGAUUGUAGAGAUGGCCCAGAUGGAGAUUCGAAUGAUCUGGAGAAGCAGCCACCAGAAGACAGUGCAGUGGGCCUGUGCCCACCGUCCUCUGCUCUAGAUCUUCAGCCCGGCAUGGGGAAUACCAGUCCCGUAGGACCUGGUGGGGAGUGUGAGUGUCCCUGCCUCUCAGCAGCCCCUGAAGUCCUGAAUAUCGUCGAGGGGGCCACUGACUCUUCCCUGCUCCAUGUGGGUCAGGCCACUUUGGCCUCUGAUUCCGCUUUGACUGAAGAAGGGAAAGAUCAGGUGGUUCCAGAGAGCCCUGCAGCGCAGGGACCAGAAGACAAGGAUAAAGCAGUGACCUGUUCCUCCAUUAAGGACAGCACUCUUCGUUCAGGAACGUUGCAGGAAGAGCCGAGAACACCACCUCCUGGACAGGAGGCCCCGGGAUUCUGUGAAGAACCUGGCCCAGCCGCCUGUGAUGAGGACAGGGCUCCUCGGAACGGUAAUUCACUGGGCACACCCUUGGCCUGUCUUCACGCAGAAACUAAACAUAACAAGGAAGUGGCCCCACCAGUCGCACCGCUGGUGGAAGGUGGGGCUGCACAGAGCCUGGUGCCACCAGGAGCAAGUCUGGCUGCAGACUCAAGCCAGGAGGCCUCAGGUACAGAGCAGAGCAGCUCGCGUCCAUUGCCAAAUCUGUUACCAGGUGGGUUCGAGGUUCUUACUUGUGAGCGAUCUUCUGCUCUGGAUGUUGAGGUGAAAAACACUCAGUCCCAGGGGAAGACCACUGCUUGUGAGGUGAGUGGAAAUGCAGCAUUGGGUGGUGCCGUGGUCAGUGCUCUGCAAGGCACCACUGGGGCCAGGAGAAAGGACAUACCACACAACGCUCCAGACACCCAGAUUCCGCAAGUCUCUUCGAGCCAGGAGAAGAAUAUGAUCCUGGGUUUGCCGGGACCUUUACCGGACAAAGGUGUGCCUGACCCUCAGGGAGCCGCACCCCCAGAGGCUGUGUCCCUGGGUUGGGAGAAGGGGAAGGUGGGGGGAGCAGGUGGCAGCCGUAGCACAGGCAACUCCAAGGAGACACAGGUGGAUGAGGAAGCGCAUCACGUCCUGCCGCAGCCUGCUGCCAAAGAGCACCCCACAGAGACGGGGCUCUCAAGCCGUGGUGACAAGGCCCCAGGCAGGGGAAGGGAUGGUGCCCCUCUGCCCUGCACCGUCGCUGCCAAAGCCGUGCUUCUGCCUGAGACAGCAGACUUGAUUGAGGAGGCUGCGAGUCGCAUAGUGGAUGCUGUCAUAGAACGAGUCAAGGCCUCGGGAGAACUGACGACAGAGGGGGAAGUCAGUCACAUGUCACUGCCCUGUCCUUCCGAGUCGGGCCCAGGGCCUGAACAGCUGGAGAGUGCUUCUGCAGGGAAGGCGAGUGCUUUCCAGCCUGCGGAGACCCCGCCAAUGGGCAGUAGUCGUGGAGAAGCCUCUGGGAACCUUGCAGGAUGCUUUGCUGGAAGGGAGGAGCCAGAGAAGAUUAUUCUGCCUCUCCAGGGACCAACUCCGGCAACAGAAAUGCCAGACACGAAAGCUGAAGAUGAAGUGGAUUUUCUGAGUAAUACCAAGGAGAGUUCAGUUUCUGAAGAGGUGGCUGUAGGAAACAUAGCUUCUACGCCGGAGGUGAAACAAGGCCCGAAGACCCAGGCGAUAAACCGAGAAAGCUGGUGUACCAUUGAGCCAUGCCCAGAUGCAGCAUCUCUUUUGGCUCCCACGCAGAGCCCAGAAUGUGAUAACUUCCUGGAUGUUGGAUUGAGCAGAGAGUGUGCCUCAAAACAAGGUGUCCUUAAAAGAGAAUCUGGGAGCGAUUCUGACCUCUUCCACUCACCCAGUGAAGAAGUGGACAGCAUUAUCUUCUCCAAGCCUGAGGAAGAACAGUUGGCCUGUGAUAUCACUGGAUCCAGUUCCUCCACCGAUGACACAGCGUCCUUGGAUCGACAUUCUUCUCAUGGCAGUGAUGUGUCCCUCCCCCAGAUUUCAAAUUUGAACAGGUCCAGAGACCAACAAUGUCUUGAUGGUUUCUACAACCAUGGGGUGGGAGCUGAGGGUCGAGAGAGUGAGAGUGAGCCUGCUGGCUCCGGUGAGAUGGAAGAGGAGGAGAUGGACAGCAUCACCGAAGUGCCUGCGAACUGCUCUGUCCUGAGGAGCUCUAUGCGCUCUCUGUCCCCUUUCCGGAGGCACAGCUGGGGUCCUGGGAAGAACGCAGCCAGUGACGCAGAAAUGAACCAGCGGAGUUCAAUGCGAGUUCUUGGGGAUGUUGUCAGGAGACCUCCCAUUCAUAGGAGAAGUAUGAGCUGGUGUCCCUCUGGUGUGCAAUACUCUGCUGCCCUGAGCGCUGACUUUAAUUACAGAAGUUUCAGUCUAGAAGGCUUGACAGGAGGAGCUGGUAUUGGAAACAAGCCAUCCUCAUCUCUGGAAGUAAACUCUUCAAACACCAAAGACAGACACCCUUUUAGUGGCGAGGAAAGGGGUGACUCGUUGGUGUCACUUUCAGAAGAGGAUCUGGAAUCAGGCCAGAGAGAACAUAGGAUGUUUGAUCAGCAGACAUGUCACAGAUCUAAACAACAGGGAUUUAAUUACUGUACAUCAGCCAUUUCUUCUCCAUUGACGAAAUCCAUCUCAUUAAUGACAAUCAGCCAUCCUGGGUUGGACAAUUCACGGCCCUUCCACAACACCAAUGCUAAUCUGACUGAGAGUAUAACAGAAGAGAACUUUAAUUUCCUGCCACAAAGCCCCUCCAAGAAAGAUUUUGAAGGGAAGAGUGGAACAAAAGUCAGUCGUACGUUCAGCUACAUCAAGAAUAAAAUGUCCAGCAGUAAGAAGAGCAGGGAAAAGGAAAAGGAGAAAGAUAAAAUUAAGGAGAAGGAGAAAGAUUCCAAAGAGAAGGAGAAGGACAAGAAGACUGUGAACGGGCACACUUUCAGUUCCAUCCCUGUUGUGGGUCCCAUCAGCUGUAGCCAGUGCACGAAGCCUUUCACCAACAAAGACGCCUAUACUUGUGCAAAUUGUAGUGCUUUUGUCCACAAAGGCUGUAGAGAAAGUCUGGCCUCCUGUGCAAAGGUCAAAAUGAAGCAGCCCAAAGGGAGCCUUCAAGCACACGACACAUCUUCGCUGCCCACAGUCAUUAUGAGAAACAAGUCCUCCCAGCCCAAGGAGCGCCCUCGGUCCGCAGUCCUCCUGGCCGAUGAAACCACUGCCGCCCCCAUGUUUGUUAACAGACGGUCCCAGCAGAGUGUGUCGCUCUCCAAAAGUGUCUCCAUUCAGAACAUUGCUGGAGUUGGCAAUGAUGAGAACAUAUCAAACACCUGGAAAUUCCUGUCUCAUUCAACAGACUCACUAAAUAAAAUCAGCAAGGUCAAUGAGUCAACAGAGUCCCUUACUGAUGAGGGAGUAGGUACAGACAUGAAUGAAGGGCAGCUAAUGGGAGACUUUGAGCUUGAGUCCAAACAGCUGGAAGCAGAGUCCUGGAGUCAGAUAGUGGACAGCAAGUUUCUGAAACAGCAAAAGAAAGAUGUGGUCAAACGGCAAGAAGUGAUUUAUGAGCUGAUGCAGACGGAGUUCCACCACCUCCGCACACUCAAGAUCAUGAGCGACGUGUACAGCCGGGGCAUGACGGCUGACCUGCUCUUCGAGCAGCAGAUGGUGGAGAAGCUCUUCCCCUGUUUGGAUGAGCUGAUCAGUAUCCACAGCCAGUUCUUACAGAGGAUCCUGGAGCGGAAGAAGGACUCUCUGGUGGAUAAAAGUGAAAAGAACUUUCUCAUCAAGAGGAUUGGGGAUGUGCUUGUGCACCAGUUUUCAGGAGAGAACGCAAAACGCUUAAAGAAGACAUACGGCAAGUUUUGUGGGCAGCACAACCAGUCUGUAAACUACUUCAAAGACCUCUAUACCAAGGAUAAGCGUUUUCAGGCCUUUGUGAAGAAGAAGAUGAGCAGUUCAGUCGUACGGAGGCUUGGAAUCCCAGAGUGUGUAUUGCUUGUAACCCAACGGAUCACCAAAUACCCGGUUUUGUUCCAAAGAAUAUUGCAGUGUACCAAAGACAGUGAAGUGGAGCAGGAAGAUCUAGCUCAGUCCCUGGGCCUGGUGAAGGAUGUGAUUGGAGCUGUGGACAGCAAAGUGGCAAGUUAUGAAAAGAAGGUCCGUCUCAAUGAGAUUUAUACAAAGACAGAUAGCAAGUCGAUCAUGAGAAUGAAGAGUGGUCAGAUGUUUGCCAAGGAGGAUCUGAAGCGGAAGAAGCUCGUGCGGGAUGGGAGCGUGUUUCUGAAGAGCACAACAGGGAGGUUGAAAGAGGUUCAAGCGGUCCUGCUUACUGACAUUUUAGUUUUCCUUCAAGAAAAAGACCAGAAAUACGUCUUUGCGUCAUUGGACCAGAAGUCAACGGUGAUCUCUCUAAAGAAGCUGAUUGUAAGAGAGGUAGCACACGAGGAGAAAGGUUUAUUCCUAAUCAGUAUGGGGAUGAAAGAUCCAGAGAUGGUGGAAGUCCACGCCAGCUCCAAAGAGGAGCGGAACAGCUGGAUUCAGAUCAUCCAGGACACGAUCAGCACCCUGAACAGAGAUGAAGAUGAAGGAAUUCCUAGUGAGAAUGAGGAAGAAAAGAAGAUGUUGGACACCAAAGCUCGGGAGUUAAAAGAACAACUUCAACAAAAGGACCAGCAGAUCCUACUCUUACUGGAAGAGAAGGAGAUGAUUUUCCGGGACAUGACUGAGUGCAGCACUCCCUUGCCAGAGGAUUGCUCCCCAACUCAAAGCUCUAGAAUCCUCUUCCGAUCCAACACAGAAGAGGCUUUCAAAGGAGGGCCUUUAAUGAAAAGUGCAAUAAAUGAGGUGGAGAUCCUUCAGGGUUUGGUGAGUGGAAGCCUGGGAGGCACACUUGGGCAGGCUGUCAGCAGCCCUGUUGAACAAGAAGGCAUGGUAGGCCCCGUUUCCUUGCCCCGGAGAGCAGAGACCUUUGGAGGAUUUGACAGCCAUCAGAUGAAUGCUUCAAAAGGAGGUGAGAAGGAAGAGGGAGAUGAUGGUCAAGAUCUUAGGAGGACAGAAUCGGAUAGUGGUCUGAAAAAGGGUGGAAAUGCUAACCUGGUAUUUAUGCUUAAAAGAAACAGUGAGCAGGUUGUGCAGAGCGUCGUCCAUCUCCACGAGCUCCUCAGCACUUUGCAGGGGGUAGUGCUGCAGCAGGACAGCUACAUCGAGGACCAGAAGCUGCUGCUGACCGAGCGGGCGCUCACGCGGACGGCGUCGCGGCCCAGCUCCCUCAUCGAGCAGGAGAAGCAGCGCAGCCUGGAGAAGCAGCGCCAGGACCUGGCCAACCUGCAGCGGCAGCAGGCGCAGCACCUGGAGGAGAAGCGGCGGCGCGAGCGCGAGUGGGAGGCCCGCGAGAGGGCGCUGCAGGAGCGCGAGGCGCGGCUGGCGCAGCGCGAGGACGAGCUGCGGCGCGGCCGCCAGGACCUGGAGCGCGAGCACGACGAGCUGCAGCACAGGAAGGUCGCCUACCAGAGCGACCUGGAGCGCCUGCGUGCCGCCCAGAGGCAGCUCGAGCGCGAGCAGGAGCAGCUGAAGCGGGAGGCCGACCGGUUCAGCCAGAGGCCCGCCGACUGUGACGUCCGCCAGGUUUCACAUCAACACACCAGGCUGAUGAGGAUCCCAUCCUUCCUUCCGAAUCCUGAGGAGACCCUCUUGCCACCGGCACCUUCCAUAGCCAAAUCAGGGUCAUUGGACUCAGAACUCUCAGUGUCCCCAAAAAGGAACAGCAUCUCUCGGACACACAAAGAAAAGGGGCCUUUUCACAUACUGGGUUCCACCAGCCAGACAAACAGAGUACCAGAGGGUCAGAGCCAGACCCCAGUGUCCACGUCCACCCGCCUGUUUGGGUUAGCUAAGCCAAAGGAAAAGAAGGAGAAAAAGAAGAAGAACAAAGGAAGCCGCUCGCAGCCCGGUGGUGACUGUGAGAGAGGUGUUGCUGACCCCCAGACACACUGGGAAGCUGAAGCUCGGGAUUAACUGACCUGCCUGCCGCCACAGGGCGUGCUAUCAAAUCCCACUGCACAAGAUGGCCCUGCAUCCGAAGUACCCGCAGAGGGGGAGGAGAUCUUCUGCUGACCCCAUUCCUCUCCGAGGCAGCCGUUCCUGUCCCGCCACGGUUACAGCCCCACCCCCUGCUGUCCUGUGCGCACACUCUCCUACACUGACACCCGUGCCCUGUGGCGCCCAGCCCUCCUGCACUGCCCAGGUCCUGGACCAGAAGAGCAAAUGGUCUUGGGGGUCAGGGUGGGGAAGGAGGCCCAGGAUUGGCAACCCAAUGCCUCUCGGGUUGGGGCCAGCCCUGCUGGAUGGUGGAUGUUACACCGAGAGUAGUGGCCCCAGAAGUCCAGGUGAUGGUUUUGGACAUGUCAGGAAUUCCUAAAGGCUGAAAGAGUGUUUCCAAAUGCGGUCUGAAACUCUUACUGCCUUUUAUUUUAGGGAACAGAACCAAAAAUCAAACAGCAGAUAGUUUGGACUUCAUCUGAACACAUACAGUAGCCCGUCUGCACAUACACGUGGAGUGCGCCAGAACUGUGCACGGUCUAUACCAGAUGCCUGCUGGGCUUGGCUCAAGCCCCGCACGAGGGGCGCUGCCCGCCACCGCUCAGGGAGCGCGCACUCAGAGCCUCACUCACUAGCCCUCCCAGGCUGUCUCCCUGUAAACUCACCCCUUGCACGCCUCACCCCUUUUCGCGUGUACUUCUCAUUUCACUUCAGAAGGGACGACAAACAUUUGUGAGAACCAGUGAGAGAAGGCUUGAUGUCUUUAAAAAGCAGACGAUCUUGAAACACCUUGAUUUUGGUGUUUCAGUCACUUUAAAAAGAAAAAAUAUCUAAUUUUAUCAAGUCUAUAAGAAAUCAUAUAUUGGCUUUCCAAGAUGUUUGCCCACAUGUUCUGGGCACAGACGAAGUAGAGAGGCCUCCUCACCAUCACCCCUGUGGCGUGACACUUUUUGGUUGUCACUGGCCAUUCAGCAGUGGCCACGGCCUCCUGGCAGUGUUCCUGAGACCUCGAGGUGCCUCCCCAGGGAAGAUGCUCCCGCCUGGCAGUCGCCGUGGGAGAGGGUGGCCCCAUCCGCGCUCCACCGCACAGGGACCGCCUGCUUCUCCUGCUGCCAGGGCGUGCCCACCCUGUACUAGACAGCUGGCCGAAAAGCAGGUUCAGGUGGGUGUGUUAGGCCCAUAUGAAGCGGUUCCCACCAGUACAGACCGAGAGUAGAGCUGGCCAGAAGGUAUGGCUUGUAAAGUUCUCCUAUCAGGAGGCCUGGCAAAAUUUGAUUUCCUUAAAAAGUUUUAAAAACGAAAGGCCUGUUGGUUUUUGUACUCUACUCCUUAAGGAACCCACAGAUGCUGCCUGUUUGUUCUUUUCCUUCUCUCUCUUUUUCUUGUCCCACUGUGUUUUGAUCUGUAUUCCUUGAGGCUUGUCACCAGCCGGGAGGUGCAGGAUGUUUCUCCCUGAGGCCCCUGCACCUGCCACACUUGUUAACCCCCCAGGAGGGGAGACCCUGGAAAAUUCUGUGCUUUAAAUGUGGUCUUUGAUUCCUGCCUUUUGCCCCUCAGGAGCAUGGGUCUUUGAACAUACUUUUUAAAAACAAACAAAAAAAUCUGUAACUUGGUGCUUGUUGAUGAAUUGCAAGCUGGCCUUGCAGAUGGAGAUAUUUAUCUUUCAGUUUAUUUGAAAGAGGUCUGGUUUAAAAUUUUUAGCUUAGAUUUGUUUUAUUUAUUUGUGUGUUGUGUGCAUGUGUGUAUGUGUGUGUGUGUGUGUUUUAAGGGUGAACACACCAGCCCAACGGUUUCAACUGUCCAGUCAAGCAGCGGGUGCUGCUUCCUUACUCCCCCGUGUCUGUCAAAGUGCCUCGAAGGCCCAAAGGAAAAUUAAGCGUUGGGGGAGGGGUCCAUUUCCUUCCCUCCUCCCACCCUCACCUCAUACUUUGAUCAAGGGAUGUCUUCUUCCUUGCUUGAGAGUUAAGAAACUUGCCACCCAUGGGCUACAUUUGCCUAGUUUUGUCAUGGAGAUUUCUUACCCUUCAGAAACACACUUUGAGCAGAAGCAGCUGAUUUUCUAUCGAACCUUCAUGUACCCCCCUCCCCCACCCACAAAGACCCUAAACAGCAAAAGGUUAGGUUGCCUCCUGCCACCAGUCCGUACAGCUCAGCUUGAGUACGGCCAGCCUGUCGUGCCUUUCUCAGAUCCACAGGGAGCCCAGCCGUCUGUCCCUGUCGCUGGCUCAGGUUCACCUCUGUGGGUCCCCGUCCCACAGAGAGAAGCUCUGCUGUAAAGGGGUGGGGCUGGUGAGUGAGGACCUGCGUCCUCCUUCCUCUGUCCGUGUAGGCCGGGCCUCCCUGUCUCCGGGCUUGAAACCAGGGCUCAGUGCUGACGGCAUUUGCCCUAACGCAGGCUCCUCACAAAGAGCACCCUGGACGCUGAGUUUCUGUAUAUAGCUGCACAGCUGGCUUUCAACUUUAAAGGGUCUUUUACUCCCAACUAGUUGUGAAGUUUCGGUUGCCUUGGUUAUUCGGUGGUAUUUUUUUUAAAAUGAUGAUUUCCCCUUCACCUGCACCCCACUAACUUAAAAUACUUUGGUCAGCUUGUGGCUGGACAAGUUUAGAAUCAGAAUCAGAAGGUAUCUCCCCCAGAACAGUGUGCGGUGCAGAGAGAGAACCACUUACCCGGACCCAUGCUUUUCCAUGCCUUCAUCCUCUCUCUCUCCCCCUUUGAUAAGGAACUCGGGGAUUUUGUUGUUGCGCUUGGGGAACCACCUGGGACUGUUGCUGCUCCUGCUUUUGCUGAUGGCCUUGAGCUCUCCUCUGACCUUGAGGCCUGACCUGGUUACUGAGGUGUCUUUCAUGUGAGAAGGGGCUGUCUCCCGCGACAGCUCAGACUCAGUUCUCCACAGUGUCCCCACGCUAGGGGCCGUGCUUCUCUAGCUCCGGAAAUCAGAUGCCUGGCCUUCCUUGUGUUUAGGUUUUGGGGGACAGAUGGAAACACCAUCCAGAGUUCCAGAAUCUCGUGAGUUGCCUGGAAGGAGGCUGCAUCUUCUCUCAACACUUACAUCAUCUCAAUGGUCGUCAUCCCAGUCGGGUGGCAUGUGCACUUUAAACGCUCUCUACAGUCAGCUUCACUUUCGAGACAAUCAGCUAUGCUAACUGUUUUCUUUGAAAAUGGAGAGGGUUAAAAACAUGCAGAUUGCCAUAAUUCAACCUUUGCCAACAUUCCAUCCUCUACCCCCCAUGAGAGCUGUCUGUGGGGAAGAAAUCCUUAUCAAGACUUUUUUUUUGGAAAGGUACGAAUCUUACCUUUUUUCUUCUCAUGUCUCAGGGUAAUACCACUAAAAGUUGUUACUUUGCUGAUAUUCUCCCUUAUUUGUUAUCUUCCCAAACCCCUAGUAUUAGCAGUAGUGAGCACACAUUUUUAAGAUCCUUGGGGUUUGUCGUACCUUUAUUUGGAAAGUGGGUAUUGUGUGUAGGGAUUAUAAAUAGGCCCCACCUUAAAUAAAAGGUAGCACCAUAACCUUAGGGGCCAGAACUCCAUCCCGAAGGUCCCGUUCACAGAAGUACUUUCUAUUUCAUCCAUUGGUCACAAAGGUUCUUUUUCCACAGCCAGUUCUUUCUCCCCAAGGAUUUGGUAUCGGCCUUGGAGCUGCAGUUGUUGAUACAGCGUUGAUGGGGGGCCAGUUGUGCCCAGAGGACAGCUAAGCCCAGGGACUGGGGUCGGGGCGCGUUGAGAGAGACGGUCCUGGUGAGUGGGCUUCAGCAGCCAUGAAGUGGGUGGCUUGGAGGGGACCCCAGACACUGCCAAGGGGUGUGGACACACUUGGAAUGUGGAAGCCCAGAAAGAACCCUGCCAAUUCCGCGGUGGCAGUGGUUGAGGGAUGUGUGCCUUGCUUUCCUGCAGCGGGGCAGUGUGGCACACACACACCUGUGGUCCUGGGGUCACGGCCCCACCUGGCGCUGUUGCUCCGAUUGACCCUCGGAGACAAGGAAAGGGGCAAAGAGAUUGUUUUGGUUUGGUUCGUCAUUUUCUUUCUUUCCAUGUAGCGUAACAUUCCUAGUUAACCGGAGCUUUGGGAUCUACUGCCUGCUGGCCAGGUUUUAAAGUGAAAAGUCUUUUAGUGCUGCCACAAGAGGGAAAAAAAACAAAGGCUUCUUUCCAUGUACCAAUCGAAUUUAAUUUGUCAAAAGCUCGACAGGCCUUGAGUGAGUUCUCCAUCUUGCUAAGGUUUAAAGACAGGCAGACCCAGCUGGCUAACGUCUCUCCUGCCGCAGACGGUGACAGCCUGCUCCAGACGCCCAGGCUGAGCCCAGUCUCUGCUCACCCCAGUCGUCACCCCCUUGAACGCGUCUGCCUUUUGUGACCACCUGCCAGGAUGGGCAGCUCCAGAGCACUGACAGGGGCCCGCCCGGUCGGCUGGCCCACGGUCACGGUUUAGCCUGAGGUUUCUGGCGUGUCGCCCCGCCAGGCGCGCAGGAGACACCAGGACAUGCAGGAGGGUGAUUACCAUGCACCUUAUACCUCUGCUCUCGUUUGUUGUUCUCAAAUGCUAAAUGAACGUUUCUGUGCUGAAUCCUAUUAGAUAAAAAGGGGUUAAAACCCAGAUGCUGUAUAUUAAUUUGUAAUUAUGUAUAAAGUGAAGCAGUUUUAAACUGUAAAGAUUUUUUCAGUGUGUUUUCUGGAAUUUUGCCACAACGUACUGGCUUUGUAUUUUAUUUAUCUUCCUUUCUGGUUAGCGGCUUCCGACCCUUGUAAAGUCCCCCUCCACCCUUUCAAAAAAAAUAAUAAAUGUCCUUUAAGUCUC